GAUGGGAACUUCCUGGAGGUUAUUGAAAUGAAUGAGGACCACAACCAUGAGUUAUCGAAGUUACUCUACAGCCACCUGCCACAAACCAGAGCAUUAAGAGAACCAGGGGCCAAGGAGGAAGCCACACAGCUCUUGGCUUUGCAUGCCAACAAGAAGUUGGUUAAGAAAAGGAUAGAAGAAAAGACGGGGAAACUUGUCCUGCUCAAAGACUUGAGCAAUGCGGCCUCUUCCCUCAGACCACAGACAAGGAAUGACCUCAUUAAGACUGCAGCUCUUCUGCAAAAUGAGCAUGGUACAGACUACCACAUCCUUGCUGAUGGGGAAAACUUCCAAGGAAUUUUGCUGUCCAAUGAGUCUAUGCGGUCAAAUAUGGAUGCCUACCCAGAAUUCCUAGGAAUUGAUGCCACCUACAAGCUUCUAGAAAUACGAACACCAGUCUAUGUGAUGCACGUUGAAGACUCCAAUGGAGACACAGAGACAGUAUGUGUUGCAAUUCUUGUGAAUGAGUCUGCACCCACUAUCAAAUGGAUGUUGGAAAAGUUCAAGGAACUGCACCCAUCUUGGCCAAAAGUAAAGUGUGUCAUGGCAGACAAGGACCUUUUGGAGCGUGACCUUCUCAAAGAAAGCUUCCCGCAGUCGAAGGUGCUCAUCUGUGUGUUCCACACUUUAAAGACUUUUCGACGCGAGAUUGCCUGCAACAAGAUGAACAUCACUGCAGAGGAAAGGGACCAAGCCCUGGCACUGCUCCAGAAGAUGGUCCUGUCACGAUCGAGUGAAAAAUUUGAGGAGCUUCAACUGGAAUUUGACAAUAAUGUUUGCCAAGAGAUCCGCUCUUACUAUGACAAAAACUGGCGUCCCAUCAAGGAUGAGUGGUACACUGGACCCAAGUUUAUGUCUGAAAACUUUAACAACACUACCAACAACAGAAUUGAAAGUCUGAACGCAAAACUGAAAAGUGUUAUAAAAAGAAUAGCUCCCUUGAAGAGUUUGUGUGCUCACUUUUCACAGUAUUGAACGCCUUGAGCGAUGAACGUGACCACAGAGCAUUGACAAGCAUAUCCAAAAGACCUUGCAAAGCACCUUCUAGCCCUGAAGAAGCUAUGUAUCAGGAAUCAUUGACUCCCUAUGCCUUUAAGCUUGUAAGGGAGCAGAUCUACCUGUCAGCCAAGCGAGUACCAAGUGACCAAAAAGCAGAUGUGUUCACAUUCGAGGCGUCGUCUGGCAACACGUCAACAACAAAAACUAACUGCAAUUGUUCCUUUUGGAACGCUAUGAGACUGCCAUGCCGGCAUGUGUUUGCAGUUAGGCGGACUCUGAACAUUAGUCUCUUUGAUGACAAACUUUUUCUAAAAAGGUGGUCCAAGGCAUAUUACUACUGUCAUCAGAGAGCCUUCCUUUCUCAAGAGAAGUGCACAACUGAACAUUCCAUUUCGGAGCAGGCUGCAAAACCUCGGAGGCCAAUGUCGCAGCAUGAGAAAUACAGGGAGGUAUUUCCUACAUGCAAGUACAUAGCUCAACUUGCUGCAGAAGAAACAGGUGAAAGAUACCAGGGCCGUCUAAAAGUUUUGUUGGCACUCUCUGAGGCAUGGGAGCAAGGGCGCGAAAUUGAAAUCGUGGAAGUGUUGCGUCAUGAAGCCUCAUCCCCUUCAUCACCAGAGCAAGUCAGACGCCAGCUGGAGCUGACUGUGUCCGUAGAAGAGAAUGCAGAGUCACCCAAAGCUGCAUCAGGUGAGGAUUGGGACACGUCUGAAACUGCAGAUCAGAAUAAUUCACAUGAUCAACCAGAUCUGCCUCAAGCACCUUUAAGCCAUACCGGGGCAGAACCACUUCAUACCACUCCUGAGAAAGAGCAGCGUGCCCAUAAUGCAGGUGCAUGCGAAACUCCUGAUGAAGUGAGAAAGGCACAGCCACGCGAGAAUACCUUGGCCCCUGCAAGCAGCGCCGGGCCUUCAGACUACAUGCGCGAACGCCUCGGAAAGCUGAAAGUGCCCGCUAAGGUGAAGUCACGAGGUCGACCCAAAGGGGCGGAGAAAACCGUUAUUGGGCUUCCACGACGGCGGCAGGGACCCCACAAAUCAGCAGCAACACUGCAGCCAUUUCGCGAUCUGCCUCCUCAGGAAAAGGAGCUCAGGAUCCUAAGUUGCUUAGUUCCUCAGGGCCUGCUAAGUGAGGUUCAGCAGGGGAAACUGCUACUCGGUGAGGACCAGGUGGAAACCAUACCUUCCAGGAUUCCAGAGACAAUCCUCGACGAGGAAGUUCACCUUGACUGUGUCCAGAAAUACUUCACUGAAGACGGCUGGACAGCUGUGCUGGCAACAGUCAAGGUGAAGAAGCAAACCAUAAAGUGGAAAUGCAACGAAUGUCGGGACCUGUUAGAAGAGGACCCUUCUGUGAUUUGUGACUUAUGUUUGUGUUGGUUCCACCAAAUCUGUACUUCACUGAGCAGCCGCAACAGGAAUAGUUCCUGGUUUUGUGCGAAGUGUGUAGCAGCAGCCCAAAUGUAAAGGAGCUGCUCCGUGAGUGGAACACAGCGAUGGGAAACCUGCUGCAAUUGCUCCUACGUGCUAUAUUUUGUUAAAGCUGGUCCAUACAUGCUACAAAUGAGCAAAAUUACUCCAACCUGCUACGUUUUGUGAAAGCUACUACAUUAAUGCUACAAAUGAGCAGAAUUGCUCCAAAGCUUCUACGCAAGCAGGGUUUGCUUCUACGCAAGCAGGGGAGCUCGCAAGCAGGGUUUGCUUAAGCACAACAAAAGAUGGCUGAGUGUAUGCCCCACUGGCAUGCUUAUAAAAAAUGGAAGAAAGCUUAGUGCUGUUUCAUGCGAGUGACAUUUACAUGUAUUGUGUGUCUGUGUAUUUGUUCCUAUUAUUCUUCAUACAAUUGUGAUCCUUUGAUUAAAGCUUGCAUUAGUUGUGCCUUCAGUGAA